UGUGCCAGCAAAGGCUCACAUCAUGUUUAUUCAUCUUGUUUAUUCUCCUAACCCAACUUCUCUAAUGUAUCUCUUCAGUCGGGUAGCUAGGUCUGUAAGCCUUUGCUUGGCAGUCUCAGGCAUGGUCAUGUUGCUUUACUUCUUAGGUGGCACCUCUUCAUCAUGCCUUUCUGCAAUUCUGAUUUCCGUGUUGCCUUGAUCUUAUCUUCUGCAUUCACAUCUUCUACAUGCUUCACUUAUUCUUGGUAACCAGGUGUUUAUCUUAGCCAUGAUCUUCAUUCUUAGGUCAGCUACUCUUGCAUUUAGCAAAUGUUAUUUUGUGGGCUUGGAACCCAAUCUUUGAUUGUGGAGGAGAAUGAUGAUAUCUCCCCUUCUGACCUGGUGUCCUGGCUUCCCCUUGCUGUAGCAUUUAUAUUGUGUUGUACCUCAUCAGUCUCUAAUUGUGACCUCAGGUGUUUCUUGCGGAUCUUAGAGCACCGUGCUACUAGUUGUUUCAGCAACUAACCACUGUACCAUCAGUCCAAGUUUUAAUUGGUACAAUGAGAGAAGGCAAAGUUCUGAACCAAACCUGCAUUGGCUGGCUAUUAAUUAAGCAUUCAGAUAGUAUGAGUCAAUCAUUGCUGUAAUAAAGCUUUAUGGUUGAUCACACAAAGCCUGAGUAACCAGAAAAACACUUAUGCGAUCAAAAAAUUAUCCAGCUCUAAAGUAAUUCUUACCCUCAUAAAGUUCAUUGCACACAGGGUGUUUGAUAGAUCUGAAGGCCAUAGUAAAUGCACACAUUGGCUUUAUCUCGUACCAAUGUCAGACUACAGGAACUAGAGUUUGUCCUUUGUCCAAUUGCACGUACUAUUUGCUAAUUGUUGUAUAGCAUUAGAAUUCAGGGAAGAAAAACCUCUUAACAGUAGCACUUUAACCAGCAUUACUGCAAUAUACAGUUUGGAAGACAACAUUUGAAUUGUAUUGUUGUACCAAUGCAGACUAAUUCAACCACAUGUGACCUCACAUGUGGUUGAAUUAGAAUUUAACAGGGUGCAAACAAGGACUCUGGACAAGCUCGAUUCAUGGACAUUCGCUUUCCCUGCAUCUGCUUAAUCUCCCUGUGUAUAACUUUAUCAUCACUAAUUUUGAUAUCUGAUGGUUAAUACAUGCAGAAAUAAUCAGAUUAUUGCUGCCGAUAACAGCUGAUUUACCGCAAAAUGAAAAGUGAACUUGUUCCUCUUUACAAAGUUUUGCUCGAUCUACUCCAGAAAUGGGGUAAUGAGAUAAACCUCCAGACUUCCACCCUGUCCAAGUCUUAUCUGCUGCACUUUGCCACAAGCUAUUAUUCAUUAAUAAGUAAAAUAUAAAUCUCACCGUACUUCAUCAAUGUCUGGAGUCUGCACCUAUCCUCCUGCACAAAGAGCUUCUUCAAAGAUAACAAUGACGAAACUCAUAACAGUCCUGAGCAUUCUGCUAAUUUUGCACAUUGCUUCAUCCAGUAAGCUGGUGUGUCAUAUGACCAACUGGGCCCAAUACAGGCCUGGUAACGGCCAGUUUACCACUGAACACAUCGACCCUUUCCUGUGCACCCAUGUCAUCUACAAUCUGGCCACCAUCAACAUCUACAACCAAAUGGUUCCCAUCGAAAGCAACGAUGAGCAGUUUUACCUCACACUCAACAACCUCAAAAAUGUCAACCCUGAUCUGAAGACUCUACUCUCAGUUGGAGGCACAGUCAAUGGAAUAAGCCCAUUUAUUGCCAUGGUUGCCAAAACUGAGAGUCGUGCAGCCUUUAUCAAAUCAGCCAUUAGCUACUUACGCACGCAUAACUUUGAUGGCCUGAACCUGGACUGGGAAUAUCCUGGACACAAUGGAAGCCCCCAGGAGGACAAGGAGAGGUUCACACUGCUGGUCAUGGAGCUGUCCAAGGCCUUUGAGAAUGAAGCCAAAGCCAGAGAUAAGACUCAGCUGCUGCUCUCGGCAAAUGCCGCUGCACUGGCUUCUUCUGUUGACAGAGCCUAUGAAGUGGACAAGAUUUCACUUUUUUUGGACUUCAUCAACCUGUUAACCUAUGACUUCCACGGAUCCUGGGAAGCAGUGACUGGACACAACAGCCCACUGUACCCCAGCGCUUUGGACUCUGGCUCACACAUUCAGCACAAUAUAAACUCUGCUGUGUCCCACUGGAUGGCUCUGGGAGCGCAACCUGAGAAGCUGUUGCUGGGUUUUCCCACGUACGGACGCACCUUCCGUCUUUCCACUGGUAAUUCCGGCCUUGGAGCACCAGCUAAUGGCCCUGCAGAAGCUGGUCCCUAUACUCGCACAGCUGGCUUCUGGUCCUACUAUGAGGUGUGUGCCUUCCUCCCCAGUGCCACUGUUGAGUGGAUCUCUGAACAGACAGUUCCAUAUGCCACCUAUGCCAGUUCCUGGGUGGGAUAUGACGACCAGCGCAGCUUCUCUUCCAAGGUCCAGUGGAUGACAGCCAAAAACCUUGGAGGUGCUCAUGUGUGGACUCUGGACAUGGAUGACUUCAGUGGAUCUUUCUGCUCAGCUGGAGCAUACCCUCUUGUCAACCACCUCAGGAUGUCCAUGGGCUUCCCCCCGAAACCUACCACCACUCCAGGCCCCACCACUACCAGAGAUCCUUCGGCAGACUUUUGCCGUGGCCGCCCUGAUGGCCUCUAUGAGAACUCAGCUGAUAAGACCACCUACUUCCAGUGCUUUUUAGGAAACACCUAUCUGCAUCGUUGCCAGUCUGGCCUUAUCUUCUGGGACUCCUGCAAGUGCUGCGACUGGCCCUGAACAACAGACACAGAACAGAAACUAGAAAACAUGCUAAGUUCAUGAAUAUAUUCUGUAAUAAAACUGAGUUAUGUUGUUGUAAAAUCACAGUAAACCGAUUUCAUGGUGCUGGGUUACAACAGAAAAUAUUUGUGCUACCUUUGUAGAUAACUCAUCUGCUGGCCCUAAAAUAAAAACUCUAUAAUUACA